AUGUUUUCCGGAAGCUCAAGCGCCAACCAGAGAGUCAGGAGGUCAAAGUCCUCGGUCUCUGUCCAGACUCGUCGUCCAGUCAAAUCCUCGGAAGCAUUUGAUACCGAAUUGGCACAGUUGCAGGCUUUAGCAGCAGCAUCUCUUGCUAUGAGGCGUCAUGGUAAUCAUCCUUCAUCCAGCUCAUCAGGCGCCAAGGGCUCGUGCGAUCAACCUUCUAGCAUUGAUAGCGGUUAUCGACAAUGCGCCUCCCUAUCCGGCGAUAAUGAGAGCGAAAGUUGCUGCCAGACCGCUCAUAUUGCCGAACCGACCAUACAUGAAGGCUCUCCGUCAACGUUUGAACAACCCAGGGGGGAGCAGGAUGGGUUCAACGUCAGCUCAACGUCACCGCGGCCAUCCUCCUAUCGGAGGCUCCGGAAAUCGAAGUCCAUGUUUUGCACACACCGGCUCUCCGGCUCCAAUGAGCUGAAACACUUGCCUCAAAGAGACAACAACCGAAGUGCAAGUUCGGGCACUGGCCGCCUUUCUCAUCGUACUCUUCGGAGAUCCCUGUCGUUUCUUAGGGGCAAUGGCGAAUCAAAGGCUGCUCCAAACAGCCGGGCAAACCCUCCAAACCUUCCGAUUGAACUGGCUCGAGAAUACCUCCGUCGGAUAUUUGGAAGGCGACUUUCAGGUACUCAUGAGGUGUCACCAGAGCAGCCUGACACCCAACACGGUCUCAACUCACCCAAUAUCGGUUCCUCCGAGGACUCUAGUUGUUUUGACGGCUCUUCUGAUUAUACUAAUUAUAGAGACCAGCUAUUGUCGCGAAAUGCUGCCAACACGGCCCCCAGUGUUCGUUCGAUGAAGAGCUGUUCAAGCAUGGCCACGUCGAAUUCUCGCGUGACAAGUUGGACAGAUUCGACAGCUGGUAACACAAUAACGAUGAAACAGCCUCCUCCAUUAGCUCGACAAGGACUAGAUAUCAUUCGUGAGGAUAGUGAUGCGUACACCCCUACUCCUUCACCUGGCCGCCAUCGCCAUGAUGGAUACUCCAUUUUUCGCCAGCCUCGGGACAAUGCUGUUAACAUUGAUAGCCAGCGAAUGUUUUCCGCCCUUAUGCGAAACAUUGACGAGACUAAGAAUAAAAGAAUAGCGAAACAAAUGUCGUCCAUAUCGCAGAAAACCAAGUCAAUACUUGAAUCGUCAGCAAACUGUUCCCCGCUGACGAUUCGAGCGGUAAAACAGUCACCAAGUGUAUCUUCCGUGAGAUGUUCAAGACCUGCCUUAAGGGGAUCUCCGAGUUCUCGAAGCCAAAUCUCAGUAAGGUCAAGUCGAACUGUUAGGUUAACUCCGCAGGAAAUUGCACGAAAAAAUGAGAUUCUCUCCCGAAAACAGUCGGAGCAGACAAUUCGCGGCUUGGAUCCAAAUGAUCUGUUGGGCAUACCAAUCUCUCAAAACGAGGAGAUAAAUGGGUUAUUGCAGUACCAAAAUGAACGACUGGAUACACAAGAAGACACUGGCAGUGUGAUCAUUCGUAGGUCUCUUGACAAUGCCAACCCGCCCCUUUCCCCGAGCGUCUAUUCCAGGACAACGGGGGUGAUGUCUCCAUACCAAAGCCGGAUUGACGUUGAUGCUUCAGAUUCUGAUGAUGAGGAGGGAGGAACCGCCACAAUACUUGACAGCCAACGUUUGCCAUAUCGGCCCAGACGUACAAGCCAGGCCAUCAGAGGAGCCAGCGGUGACUGGAAAAUAUGGAUGAAUUCUCAGAUGGACCUGAUCGAUACCGCAGCCUGUUCGGCGAGUUUAGGGAACCCUACGUAUUCUCUUCCGGGACAUUACCGAGAGGAUACCCAGAUUAAUAGCCCAAGCCCUGAAGAACUGAUGCUGACUCAAAAUAAACUCAUAACCCAUGAAGUUUCGAGCCUUUGUAGCAUUCACAAGGCAAAGGCACCGGAUAACAAAGGCAAAACGGAUCUAGCAGAAGCACAGUUUAUCCCAAGCAAUAAUUUCUCACGGCCAUUACGUAGCUCACCAAAUGGCAUUUUGUCGACAUGCAGCACAGUGGUACGGAAACCAUCCAUUAAAACGUCUGCUAUUCACCAGCCAUACACUCCAGAUAUAUGUGAUAGCGAAAUGACUCCAUCACCAUUAUCUCUUCGAACCAGGAGUGCUUCAAGGACACCAACAACCGCCUCUAUUUCUCCCCUUUUAUACCAUAAAACGCGGCCAUCUGUGGAAAGUGCUCUUUUGGAAGACUCGCCAAUUGCCAGGGGUGGCCAGUCCUCCCGAGCCCGUUAUGGGAAAUCAACCUCACCUAUAUGUCCGAGCGAUGGCAAACAGCUGCUGCGGGAAAUCCAGUUUAAUCCUGUGCGUCACAGGCGUGAACCGGUGAAUGUUACCAAAGAAAACAAAUGCAGUUCCACCUCCUACCGUCAAAGUGACCGCCCUAAUUAUGCUUCAAAGCUCAAUGGUCUACACAGUACGAUUAGCACGAAGCGGAUGGUGGAUAUAUUCUUAAAUGAGCGAAGACAAAUGACGACUAGAGGCUCGGAAGAUGGAACCCCCGAACCAGCGUUUUUAUGA